AUGGCACUCAACGGCUACUCCGGUACUCUGACCAACUUGCGGGAUCAAAGGACACAGUAUCAAUACCUUAAUACUAUAAUGGAAGAGGCAGACGCUACCGAUGUCUCGCCAACACAACCAAUGCAGGCCGCUCUAGCACAAGCAAAGCGCCAGCCUCAACAGCAGCAGCAGCAGCCGCUGAGGCUCCGCGAGGACCGGCUGCACGAAGACCGCCGACAGGCCGACUGCUCGCAGAAGAUUGGCCUGUGGCUGUCUCCCCUGAGCGAUCACUUUCCGACGCCGCGAGGUUUUCACUUCCUGUCGGCGCCCAUCCUGCCGUCAUCGCCCUCUGCUGCGUCCAUGGACGGAGACGCCGACACGGAGGAUCUCAGCUCUUCGCCCAACAGCAACUCGCCGUCCAGCCCGUGGAACGGCAGCAGCAGCGGCAGUGGUUUCGCGUCCACAAACGGCACCGAGUUCGACGACCUUUACGAUGCGUCCGAUGACGACAGCCGUGCCAAGAAGCAAAGGCAGCGGGCCUUGCGCAUCAGCCGCACCAGCAGCGGCUCUCGGCACAGCUCCUUGGAAGACUCUCGCCGCAUGCUACCGCAGUUAAGCAUCCCCAUCCGGACGACGAUCACGGCCCCGACAGAGCCGGACCCCAAGCUUUGCACCUCCCCGAUGGCUCCCACGCCGUCCGCCAAGGUGCCCAUGUCGCCGGCCAUCAUGUCGUUCAUGCAGAAGCACCACGCGUUGGCUGUUCCGGCAGCCUCGGCCCCGCCGUCUCUGGACGGCAGCCAGACGUCAGAACAGUUGUCCCAGAUGUCGGCCCAGGCGUCGGCCCCUCCCACGCCCAUCAUCGGCUGCGCCGAGGAGGAUGUGGAUGGCAGCAGCUGGUCUGGUGUACAGCUGCAGCCCGGCGCCUUGGCCACGCUGCAGUCCCUGUCCCGGCCCGAUGCUGGUUCCGUCGAUGGCGACAUGGGGCCGGAGCGCGUCAUCGAGAUCCCCAGCGAAGAAGUGCCGCCGCCGGUAGAAAUGUCCGAGACACGCGCACAACGUCCUCUGCGGCUGAUCACCUCCGGCUUCGCCCGGCAAACCUUUCCCUUCUCGCCGGCACAGCAGCGGUCUCUGGCAGGCCUGACUCGGCUCGACAUUCCAUCGCCCGGUGGCUUCUUUUCCGGCCUCUCGCCACGGACGCGGCACACAUGGCACCUGCCGGGCAUGACUCCCGUCGACUCAGCCCAUCCGCCCACCUCGGGCACGGCCGAGCAGUUCUAUCGGAUGCCCUGGAGCGACGCGGCGGCAGAAGCUCCGCCCGUUUCACAAGCGUCUGUCGAAGAGCGACCCCGGCACCUGUCGACAUCCCCGGUCGAGCAAGUCAUCGAGGUCGCCGUCCCGGUCGAGACAGAGGAUCCAAUGACGGCGUUUCGCAUCCAGCAGACGCCUGUCACGGCACAUCGCCUGCCGCUUGCAGAAACAGUCGACGUGGUCGUCGAUGUGGCAGAAGACCGACUCACUGCCGGCUCUCCGGUCGAGGAGGUCGUGGCCACGGAGAUCGUCGAGGACUAUCUAGCCAUUGACAGCCUGAAGCUGCAGCAGACUGCCCUGUCCCAGCUCGAUCGCACGGAGAUGUGGCUGGUGGCUCAGCGAGCCUAUCUCAACGGCGUAACGGACCUGACGGAAUCGCACGACGAUCUUCGGUCGCCGGAAGGCGAGCGCUCGGAGACAGAGCGGCCAGAGAUCAGCUCGCCGGUAGCGCCCGCCGUGCCACCCAAGGACACCAUCAACACCACCGCCAGCACCGCCGAGCCAGAGGCGGCAGUGUCUAUGGCCGUCAUCGUAGCCACGGCACGCAAAAAGACUGUGCGCUUCACAGAAGGCGUCAAGUCGCCGGCUCUGCCGCGCACGCUGCCAUCGGUCUUGGUGCACCAGGAGUCGGCGUACUAUCGCGCCUUCACCAAUUGCAUCGUGCGGAGCCACUCGUCGGACAUAUUUAUCCACCGGCUGCCACGCUUUGAGUCGCUGCAGGCACAGCGGCUGCUGCUGGGGAACGCACAUCGCAACCAGCUGCUGGGCAAGUACCAGCUGACAGUGGUGCCGCAGUCGGCCAAGAAGCGGAUGAGCGCCAACGUGGUGCGUGGUGAUGACGAGCUGAUCGAUGACCCGGCCAAGCUGCGGGCUGACAAGGAGGCGGACGCGCUCAGCCAGAUGGCCCUGGCCUUGUGGCACGUGGGCGCGACGAAGCUGCUCAACGGCGGCCGACUGGUCAUGGCACCGGUACACAAGCGCUUCGCCCGCAUUAGCCAGCCGACAUGGGGCACCGGCGGACGCGAGCGGACGCGCAUCCUAGACCUGGGCGGCCAGGCGACGGGAGAUUGGUCGUGGCAUGUGGCGCUGCAGUACCCCAACGCCAAGGUGUACAGCGUGACGACCAAGGCGAUCCGGCAGCUGUCCAACGCGAACGUGCGCGGACCAAGCAAUCACCGCCAGGUGGCAGUGGAGAGGCUGGCGCGGCUGCCGUUUGCCGACGGCCAGUUCGACCUGGUGCAUGCGACCGAGCUGCAUUCAAUCCUCAAGCUGGUGGGUGGGAACGGGGAGGACGAGUGGGAGACGUGUCUGCACGAAUGCUAUCGCGUGCUCAAGCCAGGCGGCUAUCUCGAGUUCAGCCUGCUGGACGCCGACAUUGUCAAUGCCGGCCCGCUGGGCAACGCCAAGAGCGUCGAGUUUGGCUUCGUGCUGCAGACCCUGGGAUACGACCCAGCCCCGACGAAGCUGUUUCUGGGUCGUCUGGACCGUGCCGGCUUUGCUAACACCCGUCGCGCCUGGUUGUGUCUGCCCGUGGGCCCACGGCCAUCUGCGCUAUCACGGCCUGCUGUCAUCAAGCGCGACUCGACCGGCUCAGCCGUUCCAACCGUCGAGCUGGAGGCCAUCGUGACCGGCUCAACCGACGGCGUCGCGGCCAUCACUGGCCUGGUCGGUAGCUGGUCUUGGGAGCGGUGGUUGCUGCGUACUGAGAUGGAGAAGACGGCUGGCGAGCUGCGCCUGGCCGACACCGUCACCGCUGGGGCUGCCCUUCACGAGGCUGGCAAGAGCCUCGAUGGUGUCCACGCCAUCGUCGAGGAGGGCCGCGCGAGAGGGGCUGCGUGGCGCAUGCUGCGUGGCUACGCCCGUAAGCCGCGCUCCAUCACUAUGGGCACUAUCAACAUGAUGCUGGACAUGGGCGGCGAGUGGUGA